AUGGAAGGAGAGGCAGUAAGAGCUUUGAUAACUUGUCCAAUAUGUCGGAACACAAAAAGAUUCGCCAAAAAGCUGCAAUGUCAGCACUCCUUCUGUGCCACUUGUAUUGCCAACUACAUGUGUUCCUUCACAGGCAAGUCAUCGUUCCCUUGUCCUGUCUGUCAGUAUGAUAACACAGGUGAAGACGAUGUCGUAGAUAUCACAGAUUCCUUCCAACUGCCCGAGGAUGUGUUCAUUCAGAAACUUUGUGAUGGUGUCAAUCAACCGGCAUCGGAGACCAGAACUACUCAUCAGUUGGAAUGUUCGAUACAUCCGGGUAUAACAGCACCAUAUCUCUGUAUGCAGUGUGCUGUAGGCCUAUGUGGAGACUGUCGCUUUGAACAUCAACCAAAUGCGAACUGUCAGGUACUAGACAUUCAGGGUAAUCCAGAUACACUACAACAGGUUGAUGCGCAGAAAAAUGAGACAUUAAAAUAUUUGUUGGGUCAAGUAACAGUGGAGUUGUGCAGUAUUGAGUCUGCGUUGCAACCCAAGGAACGGGUUUUAGUCACGUCCAAAGAAGAGACUAAGGAAAAGGUACACGCAUAUUAUGCGGAACUUCUGGAGAAAGUGACACACUACCUACAAGAGCAGGAGCAAAAAGCUCUAUCCCACUUGGACGACCUCAUUAAAAAAGAAACACACUACAUUCUCCAGCGUCUUAUUGUUACAUCGUCACUGCUGGCAUCACUCCAACAGCGUAAGGAUAUCCUCGCAGAUAUUGUCAAAAACACCGGCGAUGUUCUUUCACAUGCAGACAGUGUGAGCAUGAAGACACACAUGAUGAAUAACAUCACAGAUUAUAAGUCAAUUAUGCAAGAUUUAUCUAGCGCCUCCACAAAAGAUUUGGACCUGAGGUUCAUGAUUAACACGGACCUCGAAGAUAUGUUGACAGAGUGUGACUUGGUGAAGAUUGAACUUUUAAAUAGCUGCCAUUCCAUCCCCAUUCCAGCCGUAUUUGAAAAUCCAGUUGUUUCCCAUUCGGGAAGCCAAAGUUCAUCACGUGAUCAAAGAAACAGAGUGUCCAGUACAGAAGAUCAACAGAGAAACCAUGUUGAAAAUCAGUCUGAUUUAAGAGAACGCACAAGGCGGUCUGAUAAUAACAGGUCUCCUGGUAUUACACAGACAGAGAGGCGAGGAAGGACUCGAGGAUUGUCGCCAUAUUCUGGGGAUAGACAUCAUUCAGAAAACAGAGGGUUGAAACCUCCUUCCCGAGGUUUUCAGUCCCGUUCAAAAAGUCCACGAAAAAUUCCGAGUGAUAUUGGUCCACCUCCUCCGUAUUCCCCAGAUCUAGUAGAAAUAGAUGUCCCAGCACCAAGGCGAUAUCGCAGGCCAAAACCAUCAGCACCACCACUGCCAGGUCUACAAACAUCAGUAAGACCAUUCAGGAGACCCCCACCUGUUGCUAUGACAAUCCCGAAAGUGGGUGUUCUAGUUCCACAGGAAAGAGUCAUGUCACAAAUCACACAGAAAAUAAGCAAUGUACAGUAUCAGUCCAUGUUGGAUUCCAAGGCAGAAGGCGACUCACGAACGCCAAGAAUUAUCGGUAUUGCGGUUAUUGGACGUAGAUUUAUACUUGCAGAUAAAUGGAACAAUAAUCUAAAGGUAAUUACAAAAGACAAUCGUCGAAUUGAGCAAGUAGUGGCAUGUCAAUCCUUCCAGCCAUGGGAUAUCACCUCUUACUCUGUCGGUCGCUGUGUUGUUGCUGCACCCAAAGAGAAAAUCCUAGCAUUCAUAGGACGUGGUCGAAGCUCUUCACAGAUACAGGUGGUUGGUAAACUAAACGUGGCAGCAAGUUAUGCUAGUAUAACCUAUUUUGCCAGAGACGACAAUUUUAUUUGUGGAAUUUGUCCUCCAUAUGGAGGACCAAGUAUCGACAUUUUAACCACAACUGGUGUUGUAUUACGGUCCUUCCAGAGCGAUUCUUUUGGAAAACCAUUAUUUACAUAUCCACGGAACAUAUCAGUGACAGACGAUGGGACCAUGGUCGUGUGUGAUCUAGACACACGUAGUGUCAUCCUCGUCAACGCUGAUAACGGUAUGUACAAAAUGUUUUCCGGAAACGAGCAAGUACAACUACAGGAUCCACAGUGUGUUGAGGUCCUGGAAUCUCAUCAACUCGUCCUAGUCCUUAAUUCAAAAUUCCGGAAGCUAAUCGCACUUUCCUUUUCUGGUGACGUCAUUCAGCAGGUGGACGAUGUACCCCUUCUUGAUAAUGCACGACGGUUGGUGACGUAUGGAAAUAACCUGGUGUUCGUCCAUCAGGAUGGGGCAGUCGCAUUUUACACUUUUGAAUAA